GCAGCCAGAGUGUGCACCAGUUCAGAAGUUCUUCGAAAACGAGCAUAACUUUAAAGAUAUAUAUAUAUAUGUCAGGAAUCAAAGUCCAACGUCGCGUACUCCGUAGAUCACAGGAACUUAAAAGUUGAUAUUUCGGUAUUCGGGACCUCACGAAAACAUAAUCCACUAUUUCGUUCAAAACGGAAUAGCGUUUAAUAUUGUAUUGUUCAAGAUGUUGCCUUUACUGAAGAAUUGCCUGGUGGCGAGAUAUGGGGUUGUUAAUUAUGAAGUUCUCAUUCGUUGUUCCGGAGUCUCUGCAAGCAAGGCCUAUUCUACAAAAAGUAGCGAUGUCUCUAAAAAUAUUGUAUUUGUUGAUGGAGUACGGACUCCAUUUUUGCAAUCUGGAACUCAGUACAAGAAUCUUUUGGCAUAUGAUCUUGCAAGGCAUUCAUUGGUGAGCCUGCAGAAGAAAAUUGGUUUUCCCAAAGAAAUAGUCGAUUAUAUUGUGUAUGGUACAGUAAUGCAAGAGGUGCGAACGUCUAAUAUUGGAAGGGAAGCUGCUUUAGCCGCGGGAUAUAGUGAACAUACUCCUGCACAUACAGUGACAAUGGCAUGCAUUAGCAGCAAUCAAGCUAUUACUACUGGCAUGGGUUUGAUCGCUUGUGGUGUUUACGAUGCUGUUGUGGCAGGGGGAGUCGAAUUUAUGUCAGAUAUUCCAAUCAGACAUAGCCGACGCAUGAGAUCUUUGAUGCUGCAAGCCAAUAAGGCAAAAACUGUGAUGAACAAGUUAAAUCUCCUAGCCAGUAUCAGGCCAGCUCAUUUUAUACCAGAUCUGCCAGCUGUAGCCGAGUUUUCAACUGGUGAAACUAUGGGACACAGUGGAGAUCGAUUGGCAGCAGCUUUCGGUGUGUCGCGUAAGGAACAAGACGACUACGCAUUACGCUCUCAUACUUUGGCUGCACGAGCUCAGCAACAGGGAAAUCUGACGGAUGUGAUGCCUUUCCAAGUGCCAGGUGUCGAUCAAGUUGUGGACAAAGAUAACGGUAUUCGCGUAUCUACGCAGGAGCAAUUGGCGAAGUUAAAACCCGCGUUCGUGAAACCGUACGGAACAGUUACCGCGGCUAAUGCGUCUUUCUUGACCGACGGCGCCUCCGCGGCGUUGAUAAUGAGCGAAGAGAAGGCUCUCGAGCUCGGAUUGACACCCAAGGCAUAUUUGCGAAACUUCACUUACGUGUCCCAAGAUCCAGUCGAUCAGUUACUUCUUGGCCCAUCGUACGCGAUACCGAAGAUACUGAACAAAGCGAAAUUGGCCGUGAAGGAUAUAGGAGUGUGGGAGAUACACGAAGCGUUCGCCGGCCAAAUUUGCGCUAAUCUGAAGGCAUUAGAUUCAGAUUUGUUUGCGCAAAAGUUCCUCAAGAAGAGUGAGAAGGUCGGUAUGCCGGAUAUGAAUAAGUGGAAUACAUGGGGUGGUUCUUUGUCGCUUGGUCAUCCAUUUGCCGCCACUGGUGUACGAUUAGCGACACACACUGCUAAUCGACUCAUAAAGGAGGAUCAGCAAUUCGGUCUUAUUGCGGCCUGCGCUGCUGGUGGGCAGGGAGUUGGUAUGAUUAUGGAAAGAUAUCCUGGUGCAAAAAUUUGACACUUUUCGGAGGAACGCAGAAAAUAAUAUAUCUAAAAAUACAAUUUUCGCGGUAAACAGUAUCGAUAGAUAUUGAUCAUGAAUUUUUCUCUACAUGAACUUGUAAAAAGUUUUAUUGACGAAGUCGAUGAAACUUUUCAUGAUCUUAUGCGAGAAAGAUGAUCGAUAUCCAGAAGCAGUGUCUUUUUUACUAGAGAAAGAGGGAAGAAUUAUAUGUAAAUAAACGCAAGUAUACGUUUCAAACAACUGUGAGUUCUGUAAGAGAAAUUAUUUUCUAUUGUAUAUUUUCACUGAACAUAUUAAAAUUGUAUAUGCUUAUA